GGUGGUACGGAUUUACAAGAAAAAAGGUAUAUCUUGUGGAUUUAUAAAAAUAAAAAAUAGGUAUCUACUUAAUUAAUGGUUGAUAAAAAAAAAUAACAAGAAUAUUUAUUGAUUUUUUUACGACUCGCAAAUGGUGUUAUGCAGUCAUAAAUGAUGCAUGAUCAGCAAACUUAUCCAUAAUGGUUCUCCAUCAUCAACAUGUAGAAAUAAAAUAAACUUUAAUAUUUUUGACAUUUUGUAAUUUUAAUUGCUAUCGUACGUAGGUAAAAGGGUACGAAACAUCCAAUGACGUUAUUAAUUGAAAAAAAAAACACGUACAUAAGUUUCUUAUCUUGAUAAUUGGUAAUGUUAUGUUAAAUAAAACAGCGAUUGUGCUUCAUUAUUAGUUUUAAGUCAGUCUCAAGAUGGCGUUGAAGACCGGAGCAAGUUUUGUCAAAUUAAAUGCUUUUCGACGGGCUGCUAGGCUUUUGUCGACGCGUACGAGGCCCGAAACGGCACAGAAUGGCGGUGGUAAGAUAGCAGAAUUUCCUGGCGCAAGAGCACCGUACGUGAGUGAAAUGAAAUUCUUCAACGAAACUAGUUAUGAGCCAAUUCCGAUUUAUCGAGUUAUGGAUAAUAACGGACAGAUCAUCGACAAAAAUGAAGAACCGAACUUGGAUAAGGCUACGCUGAUUAACAUGUACAAAACCAUGGUACAACUGAGCCAUAUGGAUAAAAUUCUAUAUGAAUCACAAAGACAAGGCCGCAUUUCAUUUUAUAUGACCAACUACGGCGAGGAGGGCAUCCACAUAGGCAGCGCCUCGGCACUCUCACCGAAAGAUUUGGUCUUCAGUCAAUACAGAGAAGUAGGAGUGUUUUUAUACCGAGGGAUGACUGUGACGGAACUUGUGAACCAGUGUUACGGAAACUGCGAGGAUCCGGGGAAAGGGAGACAGAUGCCGGUCCAUUACGGAAGCAAGCACCACAACAUGGUCACAAUAUCUAGUCCAUUAGGAACACAAAUGCCCCAGGCUGUUGGAGCCGCUUAUGCCUACAAAAGAGUUCCGAAUAACGACCGCUGCGUGAUCUGCUACUUCGGUGACGGCGCUGCCUCGGAGGGCGAUGCUCAUGCGGCUUUCAACUUUGCCGCUACGUUAGAUUGUCCUGUUAUUAUGCUGUGCAGAAACAACGGCUACGCGAUAUCUACACCCACAAGCGAACAAUACCGCGGAGACGGCAUCGCUUCUCGGGGACCAGCCCUGGGGCUCCACACGCUCAGAGUCGACGGGACCGACACUCUUGCGGUACACAAUGCUGUGAAGAGAGCUAGAGACUUUACCGUAGCCAACAACAAGCCAGUACUCAUUGAAGCUAUGGCCUAUCGUGUCGGGCAUCAUUCAACGUCUGACGAUAGCAGCGCGUACAGGUCGGUGGAGGAGAUACAAAAGUGGACCAAAGAUGAGAGUCCUUUGCAGAAGUUCAAGCUUUAUCUCGAACAUAAAGGUUACUGGGACGCGGAGACUGAGAAGGCCUGGAGUAAGGAAGCAAGGGAUACAGUGGUUAGAACCAUGCAGGAAGCGGAAAAGAAAAAGAAACCAAACUGGAAAGAGAUGCUAGAAGAUGUCUACUAUGAAAUGCCACCCAGGCUUCAAAAACAAAUGAAGCAAAUGGAGGAACAUCUAAAGAAGUAUCCAGAGCAUUACCCGCUCAAUCAACACGAGAGCGAUUGAAUAACUACUGCCGAUAUUCACAUUGUUAAAAUUAUUUUUAUGGUUUACUGUCUUUUCGGUGUUUUUAUUCUAUUUACUGUUUGAAUAUUCUUCAGUUUCAACUCGAGAUAAACCGCAAAAGUAAUUUAAAAAGUAAAUAAUCACUACUUAUAAUGAUCUGUUUUGGUUUUUGGAAUAAAUUGUUAUUGUUGAUUU